GGUGGAGAAUAAGCCCGAGAGAGACAGGAGGGAGGCUCUCGGAGCAGCGAGCAUCCGCUCUCGAUCCCGAGCCUUGCAGCGGGAGCUUGGGAGAGGGUAGGGAGUGCGGCGCAUCCUUGCCUGAGCCUGUGUGGCUGCCUAGCCGUGCUCUCGCCAGCGCCAGCGGUCUUCAGGGCUCCCAAGGAUGGAGGAAUCUAGGGAGACGUCGUCGUCCUCCAACAACUCUUCGGAAGAGCUAAGUUCCGCGCUGCAGCUGUCCAAAGGCAUGUCGAUCUUCCUAGACAUACUGAGGAGAGCAGACAAAAAUGAUGAUGGAAAAUUGUCCUUUGAAGAAUUCAAAGCAUAUUUUGCAGAUGGUGUUCUGAGUGGAGAAGAAUUACAUGAGCUCUUCCAUACCAUUGAUACACAUAAUACCAACAAUCUUGACACAGAAGAACUAUGUGAAUAUUUUUCUCAGCACUUGGGCGAGUAUGAGAAUGUACUAGCAGCACUUGAAGACUUAAAUAUUUCUAUCCUGAAGGCAAUGGGAAAAACAAAAAAAGACUAUCAAGAGGCCUCCAAUUUGGAACAAUUUGUAACUCGAUUUUUAUUGAAAGAGACCUUGAAUCAGCUGCAGUCUCUCCAGAAUUCUCUGGAAUGUGCCAUGGAAACUACUGAGGAGCAAACCCGUCAAGAAAGACAAGGGCCAACUAAGCCAGAAGUCCUUUCAAUCCAAUGGCCUGGAAAACGAUCAAGUCGCCGAGUCCAGAGACACAACAGCUUCUCCCCCAACAGCCCUCAGUUUAAUGUCUACAGUCCAGGUUUACUAGAAGAAGAUAACCAAUGGAUGACCCAGAUAAAUAGACUCCAGAAAUUAAUUGACAGACUGGAAAAGAAAGAUCUCAAACUUGAACCUCUAGAAGAAGUUAUUGAAGGGAAUACUAAAUAUCACAUCAUGCUUGUGCAGCGUCAGAUGUCUGUGAGAGAAGAGGACUUGGAAGAAUUCCAGCUUGCUCUGAAACACUAUGUGGAGAGUGCUUCCUCCCAAAGUGGAUGCUUGCGUAUUUCUAUACAGAAGCUUUCAAAUGAAUCUCGCUACAUGAUUUAUGAAUUCUGGGAAGAUAGUAAUGUAUGGAAUAGCCACCUUCAGAUGAAUUAUAGCAAGACAUUCCAAAGAAGUAAUGUGGAUUUCUUGGAAACUCCAGAACUCACAUCUACUAUGCUAGUUCCUGCUUCAUGGUGGAUCCUGAACAACUAGAUGUUUCUAAACAUUUUCUUUAUGGUUCCAAGUGAAAAACAAGUGUUCUUAUCUAAAAUGUGAACUAGAAAAUUCUCUGUACUUAUUAGUCAACUCUCUUUGGUUUUAUUUACCCUAAAAUGUGCACUCAUUUCUUAAAUGUCUUCUAUAACUUUAUCUUUCAUAUGUAUUUUAGCUCAACUUUCUAAGUUCACUAUUAUUCUCAAUAUGUGCUAAUGUAUUGCUAUACUGUAACCUAAAACCCAGUAGCCACAAAAUCCUAAUAUGUGAAAAAGUGUACACAUAAAGGAACAAAAUCAUUAUGACACAGUGAGAACUUUUAUUUAGAAUAUUACUUCCUAGAACAGCUUUUGUAGAUGUCAUAAACUGUAAAGCUUAAAUCAGUGUUUUGUGAUUUUUUAAGUAUCUAAUUUUCAGCAACUGAAAUUUAUAUUUGAGUAAUGCCUGCUCCAUUCCCAAUUCAUGAUCUAUGUCUAUUCACGUUAUAUUACGUAGAAUAAUAUGAUCCAUAUGACUGGUGUCCUUAUAUGCAGAGAGACAGCAGGGAUACAUGUGCACAGAGAAAAGGCCACAUGAGGUCACAGUAAGAAGGUGGCCAACACCAAGCCAAUGAGAAAGGCCUCAAGAGAAUCCAGCUCUGCUAGCACUCUUGGACUCUUAGUCUCUAGAAUUAUGAGAAAAUAUCUUUCUGUUGUUUGAGCUUUUAAAAAGUAAAUACAUGAGCAUAAAACAACCCUCAUUAUAACUGACAGAAUCUCUAUCCAUCUGUCAGGUUAUAAACUGGUUUUUCACAAGGGAAAAAUUCUUUGACAGGGUACCAUUUAAUAAUAUAACACUGUUAUAUCAUUUAUUAGUACCAUAACUCCAUGUAUGUAAGUUAAACAAAUCAAGAAAAGAGGAGAGUUUUACUUUGAAAAAAUAUGGUUUGGAAUUUUGGGCACAUGAUCAAGAGUAUAUGUGACUCAGGUUUUAACUUAUGAAAAAUAGAAAUUUCCAUUUAAAUAAUGAUUUCAAAGUAUUUUAAAAACAAAAUUUUAACCUAAAUGAAUAAGGAAGAAAUAGAAAACAAGUAUGAAACUUUAGGGAAAUAAUAAAAUAUGUAGUGGACAAAAAACAUCUAUUAUCCAGUUUCAGCACUGGAAUAACCACAAUCUCAGUUCACUAGAACAACUGUAACUAUGUACCUUUUAUGCUCUGCUGUACAAGCUCAUAAAUUAAAUCUUUUAAUAAAAUCUUUUAUUCUUAUAAAUGCUAAUGAAAAUGCAAUGCAUAUAGAUAUUUGUUACCAUGUUACACACUCUAAUCCAAAUUCCCUUGAAACAACCACAGGUCUACCAGGAAGCAAAUGUAAGGUGAAUUUUUCCAAUUUUUUUUUUUUUUUUAACUAUUGGAAAACUCAGACAAAGGGAAGAUUGAACUAAAAUUUUAUUUUUUAAAUAUAAAAGUGACCUAAAAUAUUUUCUCAAACUAAUUUAUGGAAUAUUAACUUUUUAACAAUAUCUUUAUAUACACUUAGUCCUCAUUCAAUUUAAAUAAAAGUAAAUUAAUUUUAAUAGCUUCUACUAAACCUAGGUAGUAAAUUUUGACAUAUGCACAUAUAUUUGUGUGUAUAUAUACAUAAAAUGUGUGUAUGGUCACUUCUACAGAUGAUGAACACAAUGAAAUAACAUCUAUCUCUACUCUUUAAUUUAUAUACAAGCAAAGAAUAACAUUAAUGGAGAUGUACAAUGAUUAUUCAAACAAGCUAUACAUAUGUACAAAGGCAAACAGAUAAUAAAAUAGUCUUUUCAGUCUCACUCUGAUUAUAUAUAGUAAGAAAGGAUCAAAAGACUUUGAAACCUUGGAGACUUUUGAUGUACAAACUCUUCCUGAAAACAAUGGCUUCAAAAAUACAAUUAUAGCCAAUCAAUACAUUGUUCUGACCAGUCCAAUUCAGUAUCAUAUUUAGAAAGUACAACAGGUCUUUUGGAUACGAGGCAGUUUCCAAAGUAGAAGGUUAGUAUGACUUUAAAGUUUCUGUCCUCAGUAACAGUGCUAAGUUGAAAGGCUCUUUUGAUUCUCUUUAGAUACAAUCAAUUGGAAUAGAUUCUAUCAUCUUUAAACUAAAGUUAAAAAAAGACUUUGAGAAUAGGCAAAUAAUAAAGCAAACCAAUUUAAUUAUAUGGUAAUUCUGAACACAGCUCUUUUUUUAUUAUAUUUUUUGAGAUGACCCCAGCUCUUACAUAAAUUAUACAUGUAGUUUAUGUAUGUAUAUGAGAGUGUGUUUAUAUUCAUACACAUAUAAAUAAUGGCGCCUAUAAUAUAAAGGGAAAUAGGGCAAAAACAAAUGAAAAAAACUACACUGUAGGUAUAAAGUAAUCUUAAAAUAACCAAUAGAUUUAUUGCUAAUGAAGCUUUUCUAUCCCCUAUUUAAAAAGAAAUCUUUUUCUAGGGAACAAAGCAAUCAAAAGUAGUAUACUAAAGACCAAGAGGGGUAACCUGCCAUGGACUAAAUUUUGAUCUGGAUAACAAGCCCCGAGACCAGUGAAGAAAAAGGUACUGGUUUUAGGAGUUCAGAAUUCAGUUUAAGGUAAACUUUCUGCCAAAUGAUGCCCUUGAAUGCCUUGCCAGUAGACCUGAGAUCUGAGAAAACCUGAAAGAACAGAACUACUGAGAGUUUACACUUACCUUUCUAUCAGCAAAAUUUCUGGCACUGUGCUGGAAGAAACUUUUAUUUUUUUAACGAGUAACAUCCAGAGUGACAAACUGCAGGAGAUAUAUUGAAUAAAAAUUUCUGGGAGCUAAAAGUUUAAACUCCCAAAUUCUUCAUCCAUAUAUAUUCUUGUUAUAAGAAAUUAGAGAAUUAAAACUUAAUGUACCUCAAUUAUUUAUAAAUGCCCAAAUUUUUCCUCUUUUGGCAAUAAAACAAUCUUUGACAAUGUUGGUAUUAUCACAAACCUAGAGAUAGAUCAUAUAUUUGAAAAGAAAUACCUUUUUAAAAAUGUUCUCCCUCUUAUUGAGAACUAAGUAUUGAACAUCCUGAAUUAUUCUGAGCCUCUAGAGAGAUAGGAAAGUUCUUUUCAAAUGCUGGUAUGAAAUCAGUGGGAAACAACAAAAGCAACUUUAAAAGACACAAGAAAUUAUGUAUCAUAUAUACACUGUAGCAAAUACUUUAUAUUUGAGCAUCUUUACAGCUUACAUUCCAUUAUUACAAGUGAUGAAAAAUUUGCAAGUAGCAUGCAAAUUAUAAAUACAGUCUUCCCAUUUCACUAACCAAAUUAAUGUCUCAAUUUAUGCAGGAAACUGCCUGUAAAGCUGAAACUGAUUAGAAAAUUCUUUAUAGUUUAAAGUAUCUCUUUCUCAUUUUAGGAGAAACCAAAUUCCCAGCCAUCAAAAUUAAAAAUACAUUGAAUUGUCACAGUCCAUUAUAGUUAUUGUUGCUAGAUCCACUUCAUUUGCAGGUGUCCAAAAUAUGAAUAAUUCUUUAUCUUCAAAUAUAUAUGUUCUUAAAGUGCUACUUAAAGCUUUGGUUGUUUUCCUGUAAUAAGAAAAUGUUCAUUUGUCAAUUAGAUUGAAUGAAUGCAGCUUUUACUAAUUAGCUUAUCAAGCCAAAUACUGUGAUCCUACUGUUUACAGAUCUAAAUGCAUGUUAGUGAAGAAACUAUUAAAGUAACUAGAACUUUUCAAAUAAAGUUCUCCUGUGUUUAGAGAAACAUAUGUAAUUCAUUUUUAAUUAUAUUAGACUGUAUUCCAACCCAGUUGUUCUGUUUUUGUGGUACCUAGGUUUUUUAAAUGUUAUUAAUGCAUAAAAUUCAAAAGUAAAUAAACUCAAUUGUAAUGUAUAAGAUUUGUUCAAAAUAAAGUGUAAGUCAAACUUUUACUGACAAAAUAAAAUGUUAGAGAUGGAAAACCUUCAAAAUGAAAAAGCGACUAUAGUUUAUACAGUGUUGAAGUUUAGAUUUAUUCUUACAGACCAAGGAUUACAUGGCCCUAAGAUCUCUAAAUAGGUAGAAACAUUCAAGUAUCAAGGAUGCUUUUCCUCAUUAAAUAUUCCUGUGUGCAAAGUAUUACAACAAAAACUUUUAAAUUUAUGCUUUAAUUUUAAAAAUAAUUGGUGGGAGGCCUGCAAGGUAAGGAGUUUAGAUUAAGAAACAUUAAUAUGCACUAUGAAUAAAUUAAAAUACAAAAAUCUGUAAUUAGGAAAAAAAAAAAGCUACAGAUUCCAAAGGGUUAGAAAUCCCGCAAAUG